AUGGCAUACAAAGGAAAGAACGAUAACGGUAAGAAAGGUGGUAAUAAAGGCGCUGGCGCCAAAUCAGGAGGAAACGGAGGCGGUAAGAAGCACUGCGACAACUGUGGACCAAACAAUACCCAUGUAACAGCAGACUGCUUCAAAAACAAGAAGAGGUCCAACGAUACCAAGCAGAAUCCCAAGACUAAGGAUUCGGCAAAACCACCUUCGAGACCUUGUUCUCAUUGCGGAGGCCCACAUUACGAUAACCAAUGCCCAAACAAUACCGGUGGACAAACGAACAAGCCUCAAAACGGUAAGACGCCAUCAAGACCUUGCAAGCAUUGUCAACAGUCCGGUCACUUUGACUCUGCCUGCCCAACCCUAACAAACAAUGCCUCUUCCACAGUUCCUUGGCAAAAUCAGAAUCAACCAUUCAAUCAGCCCUGCCCCUCAUGCGGCCAAGCCCAUCACUGCAACCAGUGCCCAAAUAGACCUCAGCUGCCACAAGGCCAAUACGUGCAGACAACCACGGAAGUAUACGGCCAGCUCGGAGCACUCAUCAAUGCUCUCCAAGCAAAUCCUUCUCAAGCAAAUGCCAUUAUCGGAGAAUGGCAAGGAGUUUAUGGUCAACAGCAGCAACAGCCCGCAGCACCAAUUUUCCAGCAACAACAACCACAAGCCCCGGCUUUUAGCUUACAGCCUCUUGCGGUAUGGCAUAAUAAUGGUGAGGACGUGCACUUUGCUCAGCCGUACGAGGAGACGAGUAUGUUUGGACAACAAGCAGAGCAGCGGGGUACGUACAUGCAGCAGUGGCAUACUAACUCUACUAACUUUGGAGCUGUACCGGAUGCGAUGGAUAGGGAUGGUGAUGUGGUUAUGAGUGAAUGGGAUUAUCUUGGAUGA